GGUCGUUACUUCACCGCCUUCGAUUGGCGUCCACAGCGAAAUCAACACACAGCCCCAACCUCCACCUCCACCUGCACCUCCACCGCCAUCUCCACCUCCACAAAACAUCAAAAUCUCCUCCUUCAGUUUCGGAGUUGCGGGCAAUUUAGGGAUAGGGUUCUUUGAAAGGGGUUUUCUGCUUCAGGAUUUUCUGCUGUUUCUGAGGGCCAAAGGAGGAGUCUUUAUCCGGUAAGGAGAUAUUGGGUUCUGAUAAACUUCACUUGAAAAGUAAUCUUCAUCACUAAUUAAGAUGCCAAUGUUGACUGGUGCAAGUGCAAUCGUGAACUCGCCUCCAUUGCCAGCAGGUCAGUGCCGUGGACAAUUUAAGCUUACUAGCUGUGGACCGAAAAAAGUAUAUGUUGAUGGAAAAAUGGUGCAUCUUAAGAUAGGAGCGGUGGGGCUUGGUGCAGAGUUUCCACUCGAGAGAAGAAAUCCAGUCAUGGUUUCAAAUGGAAGGCAGUCUGCUUCUGUAAUAUGUGCUAGUGCCUUGAAUGCCAGAUGUGGUGCAGAGCAAACGCAGACUGUUACACGUGAGGCUCCAACAAUUACACAUCUUCCUGGCAAGGAGAAGUCCCCACUGCUUGAUGAUGGUGGGAGUGGCUUCCCUCCUCGCGACGAUGGCGAUGGCGGUGGUGGUGGAGGCGGCGGUGGAGGCAACUUUUCCGGAGGCUUUGCCUUUUUCGGUUUUCUUCUUUUCCUAAGCUUCUUAAAGGAUAAAGAAAGUGAGGGUUCCUAUCGAGAGAAUAGGAGAAGGUGAUGGAAUUUGAGAGGAUGUAUUAUGGAGAUUUUGCAUUGUAUUUUUCUGUGCCAAUGAAUAAUAAUUGACCUUUAUACUUGAUAAGCCAAAUGGUUUUCAAAUGAAUGCUAAUUCGAGUA